AACAUCAGUUCCAAACACAAUUUUGAAGACUAAGAGAAGCUUGAAUCCGAAAAAAAAUAAAAAAAUGAAGUUGGCAAUCGCAUUUGUGGUUAUUUUUGCAGUUGGAGUCUUUGCUGGAGCACCUGGCUAUUCGUCCUACACCCAUCCAUUUACAUCCUCGUCAUCAUCAUCGAAUCCACUUUGUGAUCUUAUUCGAUUCAUUAUUGCAAAAUUGUCCAGAAUCGCGUACCUAAUCUUCAAAGAAUACUGUCGUAAACAUAUGGUUGGUAACGGAACUGGAAGGAUGAGUACAGAUGAUAAGGGAACAAUCUUGAACCAAAUUAUGAGCGACUUCAAUGCUGAUAAACAAGUUCCGGAUGACGAUAAACAUAUUUUUGAUUCACUUUUGAAUUUGCCAAACUUUUCUGGUGAUGGCGAAUGGGGUUUCGAUCCUGAAGCAGUUUGGGAUUGUUUGAGAGACAUCUUCCCAGAUUUGUGGAAUUAAAAGUGACGAUUGUUAAUGCUUUUGGCAUAUUGUUGUAGAGUUAGAAAUAUGUUUGAAAAUAAAAGUAAAAUUUAUUCUGCAUUCUAAUUUAAUUUUGAAUUUUUGGUAUUUUUAAGUUGCAUCUUGUUUUGAGGCUAGUUUGCCAAGAAAAGAACCUGAUUUUAGGUUAGUCUGAUACCACGAC